AUGACUGAGUUUUCGACAACUGAUCAGCGUGCAGAUUUUUGGAAAGUGAGACUGGUGCCCCAGAACACCGGUCAGGAAAAAGUGUACUUCUUUCCGUCUCUAUUGGAAAGGUUGAAGGAGAGGCCGCAGUUCAUACUCAACUCUGCACUCGCAGCGAGGGAAGCCGAGCUGUCUAUAUUGCUACCAGAUAAACUGACUGAAGCCGCUCAGAAAGAAUGCGCAAAUCAAAAUGUCAAGGGAGAUCCACUAAUUGCUUAUAUUGGUGGAUAUGUAGAUAGCAGGCCUUCAGCACAAGACAUAGUUAAACAUUUGCAACGAAGCUAUUUGGAAAUCUAUGAACGUAAUGAGCAUUGUCGUUCUCGAGAAUUAGUAUCUCUCAUUGACACCUGUCUUAUGCUGAACGUUACCACAUUCGCUCAAAAGUUGUGUGAAGAUAACAAUUAUGAGCAUGAUCUGCUCCAGCUACGUUGUUCCAAAGGCGGUCCAGAAGUAUGGGAUGACUACAAAAUGGGUGUAAUGCUGCGAUUGUCGCGUGGUGGCUCUCCAACUCCAGAGAUGUUGGAAGCGGCUACUAUUACCGUACUUAUAUGUGAUUUUAUGGCUGGUCCAACGGCGCGUCGCAAAUCAGCAAUAGCUGAAAUGGCUGCUCAUGGAUUUAAAUUGGAUGCAAUGGUUUUGGCAAAACUAUAUUUUCCUAAUAGCGAGCUCUUGGAGCAACUCUCCAACCAAUGCUCCAAUUUCUUUGAGGAAUCUGUGAAUUCCGAGGCAAGAGAAAUUUCAGAAAUAAUUUCUUCAACAUCUGAACCAUUCUUCCAACGGCACCUGCUUCAUAUUUUGGACCAGUUGAGCUGUUAUCGAAUUCUGAGGAUUGAUUUUGCUCUCAAUGAGAAGGCUCCUCUACAGAAAAAGCUGGUUGGUCGCUUGGAAAUCGCGAAAAGUGUUCGUUACUUAAUUGCGUACGCCCUUGCUGAUCGUAACUACGAAGCUGUUACUCUGAUUGUCGAAGAUGCCGUUGAUCACUUGGAUAAGUAUUCGUACUUCUCUGAGUUGGAGCAAAUUGUCUAUCCGAUGGCAAUUGGCAUGCUUUCGGAAGCUGUUCGUAUGAUCUUCCAUGCUAAGCCAGCAACUGUCGGUUGGAAAAAGCAGAAGGAUGAAGGGGACAAGUUGGGGUGGUAUAUCGGAGGGUUGGUUGAAAUGUGGAUAAAGCGUGAUCCACUACUCGAAAUUUCACGAACUAGCGAUAUAUAUCGUCAACACAGCCUACACACUACUGUUGAGGGCAUCGCUUCAGUACUUCGCGACGAUGAACUGCUCAAUCCUAUUUGCAGAGGAAUGUUACUGUUUGCCUGUGACCUUGUUUGUACCCUUUUGGAUGCUAUCUUCGGUGGCAGCUGUCUACAGAUUUCUGAACUUAUGAAAGCAAACUCUUGUCUGGAACAUCACACAGGAGUCAUGCUCGUACGUAGACUCACAAAAGCUGCUCUUGAUACUCGAACGGACCUUGUCGGUACAAGCUUGGGAAAUAAAAAAGCUACCUACUCAUCCGGUGUUCCUGAUAGUAUCGAAAAACAUCAGAAAACCGACGAGAAUUCGUUGCUGGUUGAUCGUUGCGGAGGUGCCAAAUCGGUCAAACGCAAGGCUGAAGAAGCGUUCGAUGACAGCUGCCGCCAGGUUCUGAGGAGCCCCUUCACUCAAGAAGAAAUCGUCUCCUCAGCACCGGUUCCUGAAGAAGCGGCCGCUACUGCAGCCAGCGAGCAAAACUCGGACAUGAACGAAAAUCCUAAUCACUCGCAUACAAUGGCUGUGAAAGCGAAAUCGGAGACUGAUAGGCCAGUGAAGGUGGAACGCAUCUCACCUCGGUCUGGUGCGCAGAGCUCGGUAGCUAGAAGUAGUCCAGGUGAUUUUCAUGACGAAGGCAUAGCACGAAAGAAAAUUGAUGAUGUCGGUCAUGUCGGGAGUGCUUGUCAGGAGGAUUCACUAGAAGUCAAAGGUCCGUCUUUAUAG